AUGAGUUUAUUUCAUCUCAUUGACACUCAGGAUGAUACGAUUUCGUUUAAAAAAAUUAUUUUAAGUUACUUCAACCGUCAUCUUCGGCUGAAUGUGGGUGUUGAACGGUUUGCUAGGAACCAGAGGGCUCUUUUUCAGCGCGUCUUAGUUUUGAGGUCUUCAGACUGAGAAAUGAUUCCUCCUGGAGACUGUCUGUACGCUGGAAGGAAAAGGAGAAAACCUGUGCAGAAACAGAAACCUGAGAAAGCAGGUCAGAAAUCGAAUCCGUCGAAGCGUCAUCGCGACCGUCUGAAUGCAGAACUGAACCGGUUAGCAAAUCUGCUGCCCUUCAGUGCAGAUGUCAUCUCAAAACUGGACAAGCUCUCAGUGCUGAGGCUCAGCGUCAGCUUCCUGCGGGUGAAGAGCUUCUUUCAAGUGGUCCAAGAGAAAGAAAAUCGCAGCAGUGAUGCCUCGACCUCGGAGCAGAAGAGAGAGAUCCUGCCCCGUGUCAUAGAGAGUGAUCUUCUCCUAAAGUCUCUCCCUGGAUUUGCACUGGUCGUCAGCUCAGAUGGUGUUAUUUUCUAUGCAUCAUGCACUAUCGCUGACUACCUGGGAUUUCAUCAGACGGACGUGAUGCAUCAGAAGGUCUUUGAUUAUAUCCAUGUGGAGGAGCGACAGGAGUUUCACAGGCAGCUCCACUGGGCGAUGAACCCUGGCCAGCAAGACACUGUUGAUGAGGCUGCUGUGAUGGGUCAUCUGUAUAGUGCUGAAGAGCCUGACGGUGUUCCUCCCAAAUUAUCUCCGUUUCUCACACGGUGUUUCAUCGCUCGAGUCCGCUGCCUGCUGGACAGCACAUCCGGCUUCCUGAACAUGCAGUUUCAGGGCAGCCUGAAGUUCCUGCAGGGUCAGAAGAGGAAGACGGACUCUGGAGUUCUGCUAGCGCCUCAGUUUGCUCUGUUCUGUGUGGCUGUUCCUCUAGUCUUGCCCUCCAUCAUGGAACUCAAGAUGAAAAGUAUGAUGAUGAUGAAGAGCAAACACAAUAGGUCUGGCAGCAGUGAUAAGCGGCAACAGGUUUCCCAUGGCUCAUUGGACAAUGAAGACAUACAGUGUCUUACCUGGACAAGCACACCUGGGCAUGAUGGUUCGUGUUCAGCCAUGGCCAACAGGAAGUACAGAGGAGAGGGCUCCAAAACCCAUGAUGAGCCUCUCAAUUUCGGUGUUUCUACUCUGGGCGUCUCUAGAUUGCAGGCUGUGGAUCCUCCCUGGGACGCCCACUGUCCUGUUGCCUUACGCACAGGGCCUAGUGAAAACUAUCUUCCUGGAAGCUCCUAUAAACACAGCCAUUCUGGGAAAUUACGAAUUGGAUGUGGCACAGAAUUGCAGAAGCUUGAGAGUUAUUGCAUUCAGAGGACGGCUGAGAGAAGGUACAUGCAGUAUGAAUGUUUUAACAUGAUUCCUGAAGUGGCUAUUAAGACUGAAGAUUCAAACUGUGAGAAUGGGAGUAACGCAUAUGAGACGCUUUGGCGCCCUGAAUAUGCACAGGUAAAAACCGAGGAUGAAUAUCAUGACUAUUUUACUUCAUAUCAAACAGGCAAAGCUGUCAUCAGUCCUCCCAACACCGGACACCACAAGUGUGUCCUGAACAAAGACAUGAAUCUCUCUGACGCUCCUAUCAGCAGUCAGGACGGAUAUGUGUUUUCAAAUGAUCAUAAAAGCUGCAUGCAGCAUGAUAUUCAGCUGACUUGUGAGUUCAGGAGUCAUGACAUUCUGCACUCGAUCAAACAAGAACCUGACGACUCUCCAUCUUGGUGUGGUGAUGUUAGUCAAGGGAAUGUGCAACAAACAUGUUUAACUUCAAACUACACUAUGAACACUCUUCCACACAAAUCAAGCCCCUAUGUUUACAUGCAGUAAACUCUGUGAUCACAUUAACCUUGCUUUUUAAUUACCGUGCUUGCAAGGUAUAUUAAUAUUCUUCUUCCUUUUUUUGUUCUCCAUAAAAUUCUGGAAAUAGUUCAGCCCAAACUGGGUAACAUACAAACAUUUUCAUAGAUAAUUUUGGGGUGUUAGAAUUUUAAGAUGAAAGUUUGAUGUCAACUGAAAGAAUGUUUAGCAUUCAAAAUCUACCCACAUGUAUGAUGUCACUGUCAUAUUCUAUGCUGAAUUGAGAAUUGUCACCUGAAAUCAAGUCAUGAUGACAAAAUAGUUCUAUAGAAGUUCUAAAUAUUUUUUGCACCAAAUUCUAAACAUAAACUUACCUAAAACGUAUUGUGUUUGCUGCCUUUCAAGCGCUGGUAUUUCCCUCAGGACUUAAACAAAAGAUUAGUUUGAAUUUAUUUUAGACAAUUUCAAACUGUUUAAUCAAACUCAAAUACUCAGGUUCAUAGAUGUUUUGUAUUUUGUC